AUGGUGAUUGGCAACUUCAGUACUAGGUUCUCCUUGCCAUCAUUUAUCAAACGAAUGAACAAGCUCACAGAAUGUCAAAAGGAUGCCAUAAAGAGUGUGGGAUUUGGCAAUUUGCUUCAGAUUCCUGAUCAAAUGCCUUGCAAAAACCUUUUAGUUGAAUUGAUGGAAAGAUGGAGUUGUGAGAAACUUGCUUUUAUACUUCUCCCGGGAGAGAUAAGAAUAACUCUAAUGGACGUUGCAUUGGAUUUAGGACUACGUUUGACAGGAAAACCUGUAAUCCUUAAAGAAGAUGCACCUUCUUUGGAUUUAGGGAGACUCUAUGGUGCUACUGUUUGGAAUAGGAAGAUCACAGUAGCAUCAAUUGAGGAAAGACUUGAGUCUCUUGACAAGGUGAAGGAUUUUGCGUGGGGAGCUGCUGUUCAUGAGGAAGUGUUGAACUGGUUGUGCAGAAAAAAGGAGACUAAUGUACAAUAUGCAGGAGGCUGUCUUAUCUUUCUCCAAGAGGAUUACGUAUGGACUAGACCUGAAAUCAGGGAACAUUGGGUCAUUGACAUAGAAAGUGAAGUAGAUGUAGUCAUAGUCAAAGAAGUAUGUGGGGGUGAAAGAAGAUUGUUUAAAUCAAUUGAGACCAUCUCAACAUGUGUCGAAUGUGUUGAGAAAUAUAGGUAUUUCUUCACGGCAGAUAAUGUGAGGGAGGGAUAA